GAAAGCACCAUGUCAGAAAUCCAGGCCAGUCUUUUAUUGAGGAAGCAAUUGAAAGAACUAUCUAGGAAUCCAGUGGAUGGAUUCUCAGCAGGACUUGUGGACGAUUCAAAUAUUUUUGAGUGGAGUGUAGCAAUAAUUGGUCCCCCAGAUACGUUGUAUGAAGGAGGAUUUUUUAAUGCCAUCAUGAGUUUUCCACCAGACUACCCAAACAAUCCUCCAUCAGUGAAGUUUACAUCAGAAAUGUGGCACUCGAAUGUUUAUCCAGAUGGACGUGUUUGCAUAUCUAUUCUUCAUGCACCAGGAGAUGAUCCAAAUGCUUACGAACAUGCUAGUCAAAGAUGGUCACCUGUGCACACUGUGGAAACUAUUCUGUUGAGUAUUAUAUCAAUGUUAUCUAGUCCCAAUCAUGAAUCACCUGCAAACGUUGAUGCAGCCAAAGAGUGGAGAGAUCAAAGAGGUCAAUUCAAGAAGAAAGUCGGCAGGAUUGUUAGGCUGUCCCAAGAAAUGUGA